AUGGCAGCAUACCGAGCCUACCGACACGACGUCCGCACUCCCGUCCUGAGCACCUACCACAUCCUCGGCUUCAUCUCGUCGGGCACCUACGGACGCGUAUACAAGGCAAGGCUACGCUCACCACCGCCGCCACAAGCUCCCACACGCCCAACGCGCCCAGCCACGCCCGCAUCCCUACGCGGCGCAUCCCCCGCACCACCGGCCCUGCACGGCGACGCUGCUUCCCACACCGCACCCGCCACUCCCGCCUCCAUGGCAAACCCACAGACGCCCUCAAACGACCCUGCCGUUGCUGCCGCUGCUGCUGCUGCCGCCGCCGCCGCCGCAGCCGCCGCCUCUGCCUCUGCCUCGAACGCAGGCCAGAUCUACGCCAUCAAAAAGUUCAAGCCCGACAGCAAAGAGUCCGAGGCGUCCCAGUACACGGGCAUCAGCCAGAGCGCCAUGCGCGAAAUCGCCCUCAACCGCGAGCUGCACCACGUCAACGUCGUCUCGCUCUUCGAGGUCCGCCUCGAGGACAAGAGCAUCUACAUGGUUUUCGAGUACGCAGAGCACGACCUCCUCCAGCUCAUCCACCACCACUCGGCCGUCCUCCGCGCCCCCAUCGGCGUCGCCGUCCUCAAGAGCAUCCUCUGGCAGCUCCUCAACGGCGUCGCCUACCUCCACCGCAACUGGGUCCUCCACCGCGACCUCAAGCCCGCAAACAUCCUCGUCACCAGCAACGGCGUCGUCAAGAUUGGCGACCUCGGCCUCGCACGCCUCUACUCGCAGCCCCUCCAGAGCCUCUACACCGGCGACAAGGUCGUCGUCACCAUCUGGUACCGCGCUCCCGAGCUCCUCCUCGGCGCGCGCCACUACACGACCGCCAUCGACGUCUGGGCCGUCGGCUGCAUCUGGGGAGAGCUCCUCGCGCUGCGCCCCAUGUUCAAGGGCGAAGAGGCCAAGAUGGACCCAAAGACCAAGGCGGCGCCCUUCCAGACGGAUCAGCUCAAGCGCAUCGUCGAGAUCCUCGGCUCGCCGUCCAAGGAGCGCUGGCCCGCCAUCGAGACGAUGCCCGACUACAAGGGCUGGUGGCCGCACCUGCGCCUCGACAACUACCCGAAAAACCUGCACACGUGGUAUGCCAACCGCGCGCGCUCCCAUGGCGGCUUCGAGCUGUUUGACACGCUGCUCCAAUACGACCCGACCAAGCGGCUCACGGCGUCCGAGGCGCUGCAGCACCCCUGGCUCAACGAGGAGCCGCUGCCCACGCUCAACGCGUUUGCCUCGCUCGCCAAGCCCAACAACACCUACCCGACGCGCCGGCACUACUCGCGCGCCAACUCGGGCAUCAAUACGGGAACGGGCGGCACGGGCACCGUCUCCCGCGGCGGGUCCACCGGCGGCGGCGGCGGCGGUGGUGGUGGUGGAGAGACGAUGAAUCAGCCGCCCAACAUUACCGUUACCGCGGUGGGCUCGGCGGGCCAUACGGGUCCGCCCACGGCGUCUUCGUCAUCGCAUACCGGCGGCGGCGGCGGUACGGCUGCACCUUCCGCAGCUGCAGCUGCAGCCGCUUCGGCGACGGCGACAGCGGCGGCGGCCAAGGGAGGUAUGGUGGGAGCAGCCACGGCCAAUGCGAGUGCGAGCCGGGCAAAACGACAGAAGCUCGCGUGA